AUGGAACCACAACCUGUGAAAUCCCUUCCUCCUCUUUCAUCAAAACUACCGCCCCGAACUCGCGUUGCUCCCGUUCCCCCGUUUUACAGGCAUCAGACUGUUUGCUCUAGCAGACUUAGUAGCAAAGAUUGCGGAGGAUACGACAAACGACAAACAGCUGAUCUAACUGGGGCGGAGCUGGUACAAACUGGGAGCGGCGGAAGGAGCUACCACCUGCGGGCCUUACACAACCAGUGUCGCAACUCGGUCAAGGGAAGUCACUCUCGUUCAUAA